UUAAACCAUCAUUUCACCACACUCUCCGUGAACAAGGUCGUGGGGAAAAAGACCCGGUAAAAAAAGAGGGCUACAGAAAAGUCCAAAGUCCAACCAAUUCUGACCAGUGUUCCCAGAGCAAAGACAGGCAAAACAAUAAUUGUUAAAGAACAUGAUUGAUAUUAAAAAAGCUGCAAAAGGAUGGGAGAGUCAAAAGGAAUAUUCUUAUUGGAUACCAGAAUGUGAUAUUGAGGGAAAAAUACCACUUGAUUUACAUGGCAGUUUUAUUCGAAACGGUCCUGGGGUAAAUGAAGUUUAUGGGAAAAAAUUAAAACAUCCAAUUGAUGGGGAUGGCAUGAUAUGCAAGCUUAGCAUAGCUGAUGGAUCAGUGCAUUUCUGUUCCAAAUUUAUAAAGUCUAAGCAUCGCAUUGAAGAAGCAGACAAACAUGAAUUCAUAUAUUCUGGACAGAUGGGCACGCGUGAUACCAGAAUGAUAAAAGACACAUUUGACACUGUUACUGGCAUGGUGACUGGAAAUUUGCCAAGUCUCACAUUUCGUAAUCCGUCCAACACGAAUUCAUUUUAUUGGGGUGGAAAGAUCCUUUCGCUUUAUGAAACACAUCUGCCGCACUGUUUGGAUCCAUACUCACUAGAAACGCUAGGUUUGGACAACUUAAAUGGGAGCCUGUCAUUGGGGAAUGCUGGCGUUCAUUUUCGUAUCGAUCCAGUUACGAUGAAUUUAGUUUUGUUUAGUUUAAAGCCCGGCGUCAUGAAACGACGGCCGACGUUACAAGUGUUUGAAUUCGAUCGGAAAUGGAGCCUGAUGAAGAAAAUGGAGAUGCACAUCCCCGAUUUAAAUUAUGCGCAUGAUUUUUUGCUUUUCCCGAGCUACUAUCUCUUCCACAUCACCCCGUUCACCGAUGUCGGGAAAUGGACUGCUUUUCAAAUCCUUUCCGGUUGGACGUCUCCAGGAGAAAGCAUGCGGUACUAUCCCGAUAAGCCUUCCCGGUUUGUUGUUAUCCCUCGAGAUGCGAAGAGUGAGAAGGAGGUGAUUUGUUUUGACACAGACCCGUGUCAUAUUUUUCAUUUUGGCACUGCGGAGGAGAUCAACGAAGAGUUAAAAUUUAACUGCGUGUGUUUGGACGAGAAGUUUAACAUGACAUUCGCGAAGGGCGUGUGGUUGUCCAAUACAGAUGUCAGCCCUGGGUUGACUUUUAAUUAUACCUUGAAUUUAUCUACCAGGAAGUCCAGUCGGACACAAAUUGACAGUGCUUCUGCGGAGUUCCCUUCAAGUCAUCCAUACAGGAAUGGUCAGACCGGCACAAAGUUUAUAUACUUGAUGGCAAAUGAUCGGAAUGAGAUGAUACCGUAUCGAGACCUUGUAAAGCUGGACACAAAAUCGAUAAAAAAAAGUGUUUGGAACUCCGACGGUGUCAUAGGUGAACCUGUCUUCGCGCCUCGUCAUGGUUACGCCGCGUCGAAACAAGGUGCUGAGGAUGAUGGGUACGUAUUAGUGCAGCUGUAUCAUCCAGACACGCACAAGACUGAUUUUUGUAUACUAGACGCACGGUGCGUGGAAAAAGGACCGGUAGCGCGCAUCAAACUAAAACAUCAUGUGCCGUAUGGAUUUCAUGGGACGUUCACACCAGAGGUAUUUUUAUACGAACGAACAGCAAAGUUAAUCAAAUCAAAAUUAUAAUACAUUUUUACGAGCGAAACGUUGUUCAUAAAUCGAUAUUUUUUUCACGCAAUAGAUUUUUAUACUAUAUGAAGAAAGCCCUUAAAAGGUUUUCUGAAAAUCAAUGGAAGAACACUUUAAACUUGACGUUAAGGUAAAAGAACACUUGACGUCAGGUAUAUGCGGUUAUAUAGUGGCUAACAAAAGAAUGACUCAGCUCUUUUUUCCGUGUAAUGUUCACAGAAUCCUAUAUAAGACAAUGUGUGUUGCUUUAAAUCACAGCUGCUUGGGAAUUUACCGCUUUACACGACAGGCUGGCAUUGUUUAGUUGAGUAAUUUCCGCUGACAUCAGCAUGCUGAGAUCUUCAUCGCAUUAUAUCAUCGCAUAUUAUUUUUAAAAAUAUCAGAAAGGUUAAGUUUUAUGUUUUUUAAAUGUUGUCAAGCGUUUAACGUCUAUUCAGGUUUUAAGACAGACGCUUGCAAAUAUAACAGUCAUUUUUGCAUGAAAUUAUAGGUUUUAAAGCCACAGUAAAUUAAGGGAUGGAGACGAAUGUAAAAAAAUCAAUGAAUGAAUGAAUGAAUGAAUGAAUGAGAAAAAAGCUCGUCCUCAGGACUUGCUGUUUAAACAUAAAAACCUAACGUAAUAAAUAAAUAAGAAAAUGAAUGAAUAAAAAUCUUUUCACAGUUGACUUGUUAUAAAAAAGUCACUAAAUUCAAGUUUAAGGGUAUUAUGGAAUGAUAGAUAUAUUAUAAGAUACAAACAGGAUCAAAUAUAGAAGAAUAAAUUGAUUUCAAUUUGUAAAUUAGUAGAAUUUAGUCAUGACAUUUUGUCCGUCAAAUAAGUGUUAAUGGUCGGAGUUGAACUUCUGUCUAUUGAUGUGUGCUACUCCCAUGAUCAACAGAGAUUGAUAAGUUAGUUUAAUGGGCAAGAGUGGUGAAUUGUCCCAUAGACGGAUGGCAUAGCGGUCUAAGGCGUCAUCCCUAGACAAGCUGUAACUUGAAACCAGUAAAUUUGAAGUGCGUGGGUUUGAAUCCCACUUUGUCCGAAAAUUGACAUUAAUAAAAACAGAAACGAAUUCGAAUGUUGUAACUUGUGUCCAUGCAGGGUCAUUUAAAAAUAGCGUAACGUUUAGGGUAUGAAUUAUCGUUUUUGACGAAGUGUUUUUGCGAGAAAAAUUAAGAAAGGAGGGUGAGGUAUUUGUUUGUGUUACCAGGCGUUACGGGGAAAAGUACAGUAGAUUAAAAAGCAGAAUCCUAACGUUACGAUUUUUGAUUGACCGUAUGCAAGAAAUGAAACUAUAUAAUAUAAAUAAAAUGUUCGAUAUAACGAAAAUCUAACAACAACUUCGCCCAUUUCUUUUCUAUAUGUAUACCAAGAAUAAUAUAUUCUCUUUUAAAUUGUUA